AUGGUGCCCGUGCCGACGUGCAUCGCGAGGGUGCCCGAGCCUGCAACAACGACGACUUCGACGGAUAGCAACCUGGAGAGACCUGAUGACUUACUGUGGACAUUAUACUUUGACGGAGCGUGCCGCCACCGGUCCACGGCGAUUGGAGCCGCCCCCGGUGCUGGUGCCACGCUGUUUGCCGGCACAGUGAAUAAGUGGACUUUUGCUCGCUACCUGGAUAGCACGACGCACACUAACAACACGGCAGAAUACAUCGCGCUCAUAUCAGGACUGACUGGGGCCUUGCAUCACGGUGUCCGCCGUCUCACGGUGAAAGGUGAUAGCACACUCAUACUGGAGCAGGUACGCGGACGCUACGCUUGCAACAACGCGCGCCUACGGCAGCUGCGCAACCAGGCGCGUCGCCUCCUACGCCGCCUUGACUACUAUGAGCUGGUACAUGUUGAUCGACUAGAGAACCGAGACGCCGACAGACUGGCGAACCGAGCUCUCGAUGGCAGGCGCACUCGGACAGAGUGCGCUACGCACGGAAUGGACGGCGAUGGCUGCAGGGGGCGCUUAACUUCCGACCGACUAGCUUCAGGAUCGCGAGCAGGACGUGACGCUGAGCCUCGUGAGCACCCCGUCGAUGUGGAGAUGGAGAAUGCCGACGAUGAAGCGGCGGCUACUGCUGCUGCUGACAUCGUCCGCCGCGAUCGAGGACAAACGUUUCCAGUGCUGCCAGUCACCGCUUACAGCACGCCGAGCCGCCAGCCAAGGUUGAAACUGCGGAACAACUUGACUGAGCGUGAACUCGAGGAAGCACAUGCAGCGGUACAGCGACUCGGCCACGAGUUCGCGGACAAGCUCACCGAUGUGGAGGACUGGGAAACAGCCGAAGGUUACCUUUCCGCGCUCACGCCUACGCUGUACAGCACACUGCUUCCUUUCGCGCAGCAUCAACGCCCACCACGUCGACCUCGGCGACCUGCCGUAAACCCAGCCCGCCAGCGGGGUCGCCGCAGACCUCCACGGACACCGCCCAAUGAACGACUCAACGCGGCCCUGGACCAGUUGGAGAGCCUGCAGACAGCGCCAUGUCCGUCGCAGCCCGCCAUCAGGAAAGCUCGGCGCCGUGCAGGUUGCAUCCGCUCGGCGAUGCGACGGACGUCGCUGCGUAAGAAAUUCCGAACGCAUGAGAAGGCAUGCAUGCAGCAGAUAUUCGCUGGCGCGAAAGCUGACCCGGAGCAUGCCGGUGGACCAGCGGCCCCGACGAGCUGCCCGAUACCCAAGUCGACGGUGCACGAGUACUUCCAGGGUGUGAAUACGCCGCAGCACCAGUUCAACUUCGACGACGAGGCCGGCGAGCCCUUCCGUCAAUUGCUGGCGGCGUUGCCACCGGCCUCUGCGGCAAUGGAUGCGCUCACAUCGGUGAUUGUGGCCGAUGAA